UCUCCCUUCCGCGACUUGCUGUCUCGUUUCAGCAACUUCGAAAUGCCGCCACAGCAAUGGAGCUUCAACAGGGACGCUCAAGGGCGCAUGCCCGUGUUCCACUUCGACGCCGCGGUGAGCGGCGCGGCGCAGGGACACGGCCGGGCGUGGCCUGCGUGGCUGGGCCGCGGCGGCACUGGCCCGGUGAACGCUGGUGCCCAUGCGUUCCCAGGCAAUGUGAACCGGAACGAGGAGAGGGAGCGCGAUCGGAAGCACAAGCAGAAGGUGAGGACUUCGAAGCCGCAGCCCAAACGCUCCGCGGCGUUCAGCCCAGAGCGCCCGUGCCCAGUUCCAAGCGGCGCGCCGCAGGUCAUGGAGGGCAUCAUGACGGAGCUGCGGCGGGAGGUGGACCGCCUAGACGAGGAUGCCUGGAUGUUUAAGAAGUUGCCCUUCUGAGGCAGGCCACACGCCCCGUCCAGAAACCUCACUCAUUCCACUUGCCCAAAGCGACAUGUGAAGUGGAUUGGAUAGCAUAAACGGAGAGAACUGGCGGAGUUGUCCCGAUCCCGUCUGAGUGGCUGAUGUUGUUUCGUG